AUGUGGAUAGGAUCUAUUCUUUUCACCAUCAUAUUCUCGUCGGUGUUUGGCGAUAAAGAGAGGGUGAUUGAUGGGGCGGGAGCGAGGAUUCAACAUCAUCAUCACGUCGAUGGAGAAUCUGAUGAUAUCGAUCAUCAGGCAAUUCUUGGCUCAAAGCAUCAAGCCGAAGAAUUCGAUCAACUCAGCCCCGAAGAAUCCCAAGCUCGCCUGAAAAUUUUGGCGAAGAAAAUGGACAAGAACGGUGAUGGAUAUGUGGAUGAAGAGGAAUUGACGAACUGGAUACAAAAUUCCAUGAAAUCUUUGGAUGAUGAAGAGGCGAUUGAGAGGAUGAAAGAAAUCGAUGUAGAUGGAGAUAAUAAGGUUUCCUGGGACGAGUACGCAGCGGAUUCAUUUCCGGAGACGGAUAUCACCAAAUUGGAUGCCGACGAUCGAAAGUUGCUUGAUGAGGACAAAAAGUAUUUCGCUGUCGCCGAUCAGGAUGGUGAUGGAAAAUUGAACGAAGAAGAGUUGAAAGCUUUCCCUCAACCCCGAGAACUAUCCACAUAUGCACAAAACGGGGCGAUCGAUUUGAAAGAAUUCUUGGGCGAUAUGCACGAGCAGCCACAAAGUGAAUGGCAUGCGGUCGAAAAGGAGCGUUUCGCGAAUGAAUACGAUGCGGAUAAAGAUGGGGUUUUGAAGGGAGAAGAGAUUAGGAAAUGGCUUAUUCCUGAUCUGUAUCAAGUGGCCGUCCAGGAGGCGAAACAUUUGAUCGAGGUGGCUGAUGGGGACAAAGAUGGAAAACUUUCGAUUGAUGAAAUCGUCUCCAAUUACAAGACUUUUGUCGGCUCAGAAGCGACGAAUUAUGGAGAAGAUUUGAGGAAAUAUCAUGAAGAGUUG